CCCCCGGCACCGGUUUUGCUGUGCAGCCAGUCUGCCCCGAUUCGGCAGCCGACAGCUGAGGAUAUCCACCCCGGCGGACUCCGCCUGUUCCUAACGGCAUUUUGUAAAGACCUAGACACUGGACUCUAUUAUUUUUUAAAAUGGCGAAAACGUACGACUACCUCUUCAAACUGUUGCUUAUCGGAGACAGCGGCGUCGGUAAGACAUGUCUGCUGUUCAGAUUCAGCGAGGACUCCUUCAAUACCACCUUCAUAUCCACAAUAGGUAUCGACUUCAAGAUCAGAACCAUAGAGCUGGAUGGGAAACGAGUUAAACUCCAGAUUUGGGACACUGCGGGACAGGAGAGGUUUCGCACCAUUACCACAGCUUACUACAGAGGAGCAAUGGGUAUUAUGUUAGUCUAUGACAUCAGCAAUGAGAAGUCCUUUGACAACAUAAAAAACUGGAUUAGAAACAUCGAAGAGCAUGCCUCAUCUGAUGUGGAGAAAAUGAUCUUGGGUAACAAAUGUGACAUGACUGACAGGAGACAGGUGUCGAAAGACCGGGGUGAAAAACUGGCUAUUGAUUAUGGAGUGAAGUUCUUAGAAACUAGCGCAAAGUCUGGCUUAAAUGUAGAAGAGGCCUUUUAUACUAUUGCAAGAGACAUAUUGAACAAUCUGUGCUCAAAGACGACUGACAGCAGUGGUGGAGGAACCGGAAAACCGGUGAAGAUUACCGAUAAGAAGUCAAAGAGAAUUAAAUUCUUCAAGUGUUCACUUCUCUAAGCAGCAGGCGGACAGUCGUCACAUUUCUAUCGUGACCUUGCUUAUUUUAGAGGACUCCUUCCUCUCGGGCUUCCUCGCUGCAGCAACACUGCUCUUGCACACACGGUCUUACUGCCA